AUGCUGCACCUUGUAGUCCAACUUGAAGAUGCAAUCGAUAAGGAAGACUUUCAAGAAGCUGCAAAGAUAAAGCUUGCUAUUACAGAGGUUAUUUCAAAGGACAGUGUAGAUGAAGUCAUGUCUCAAUUGAAGAAUGCCAUAGAUGAAGAGCGGUACCGUGAUGCAUCAUGGUUGUCUAGAAAUACAGGAAGUGGACUGGUGGGGUGGUGGGUAGGCUACUCAAAGGACUAUGAUGAUCCACUUGGUAGACUAGUGCGCAUAACACCUGGUACAGGUAGAUUUGUUGCUAGGAGUUACAGUCCAAGGCAGUUGGUCAGUACAUCACCUGGAACUCUUCUAUUUGAGAUUUUUGUGCUUAAACAAGAUGAAGAAACGUAUCUUAUGCAGGUAGUUUAUUUGCAGCAUGCAAAAGGAAGUUCUAUGAAUAGUACCAGCCCACAUUCCAAGCCUACAAAAAUCCCAUCCACUUCUGAAGUUGAGAAUCCAUCUGUUUUAGAUGUUCAGGGGAGUGAAACUAAGGCAGAAAGAAGUGAUGAGAAGGGAAAAAAUACUAAGGAAGCAACUGAGGAAGGAAUAAAAAGUGUGAUAAAUUUUCUUAAAACUAAAAUUCCAGGGCCGAAAGUCAAAGACAUGAAUGUUGAUAUUUCUGAGGAAGUAAUAGCUAAUGAUUCUAUGGAGCAGUUGAUGCAAGAAGAUGAUGAGAAAACAUCAUCCACUGAGAAUUCUGAAGAUGAAACUAAUGAGUUGAAAGAGAUUCAACCCGAUGAAGUUGCUUUGGGAGAGGGUAGCACUCCUGAAGAAGAAAGCAAGGAUUUGGAUAUGAAACUUAUUAUUGGUGGGCUUGUACCUAAUAAUGACACUCCUACUAAGGAUGUGUAUGUUCAUCUUCCAGCUGAUAUUAAGGACUUGGAGAGAGAUUCUUUUCUGUUACAUGUUCCGAAAAGGAGUUUAGAUAAUGACACCGGAGAAAGUAUAGUGUCCAAGGUGAAAAUAGCAGCUAUUGCAGCUCAAGGUGUUUCUGAGCUUAUGCCUCCAGAUGUUGCCAAUGCAUUUUGGAGUUCAGAUAAGGCUUCUUCUAAGGUUUCUAGAGAUGUGCGCAAAAUUGUCAAGCUUGCUGUUAGUCAGGCUUGGAGGCGGAGCGGAUUAUCUGAGUAUACAAAUUUUAAUCGAAUUAGCAGUGAUAAUGGCAAUUUAGACCCAUUUGAGGGCCUCUAUGUUGGUUCAUUUGGUCCUUAUGGAGCUGAAAUAGUUCAACUGAGGCGUAAAUAUGGCCGGUGGAAUGAUGCAGAUGAUGAAUCUUCAGCUGUUGAGUUCUUUGAAUAUGUUGAAGCUGUUAAGCUUACUGGCGAUCUCAAUGUUCCUGCUGGCCAGGUUACUUUUCAUGCCAAAAUUGGUAGGGAGAGUCGCCUCCACAACAGUGGGUUGUAUCCAGAUGAGUUAGGAGUGGUAAUUACUCUCUCUCUUGUUUUGUAUGUUUCAAAAAUGGUGUUAUUUAAACCACACUUUGCCUGUGAUUGUCACUAUGGAAACAAGCUGAUCUGUGUAACCUUCAAAUCUCAUUCGUUAUGAUAAGAAUGCAGAAAAUCUGGAGCAUUCAUAAUUCACUAAUGGGAGCCUUGCAGCUGUAUGAAAUGAAAUAAAUUGUCAUCCUAUAUCGACAAAAAGCAACUUUCCAGGAAAUUAUUUUAUUAUUCACAUCUAUCUAUUGGACUUUUUGGUAACGCCUUAAACAUGCUCCAAUGCUCAUUCUGA